UAGCUGCUGUUUAUUUAAUGUAUCAGUAUAUUUAUAUAUUAAAACCAAGAUGAAUCUAUAGGUAAAACAUAUGCUAAUUCAUUAUACCUAAUUUAGAAUGUAAUACAUGUUACAUGUGCAAAUGGUAGGCUAAAUAUACAAACUUGUUUUAUACAUUACUCUCCUAAACGUCACUGUGUAAUUCGCACCUUGCGAAAAAGAAAUGCAUUUGUUUCAUUAAGGAUUUUUCCCUUUUAUCCGCUGACAGAAAGGCACCAAAAGUUGGUUUGACAACCGCCAUAAAAGUGGUUGUAAAAAGACGUGCCAGCAAAGUUGUAGCCUACUUGAGAUUAGAUUAGAAUAGGCUACUAAAUUUUAGGAUAUGCAUAAUAAUGCACACAUCCUGACAUGAAUGGAGCUGAGCACGCAGCAAUCUAAUGAAGUUUUUUUAUUUGAAUACAUUGCCCAAUGCUGAUUUUAACGUAUAUGUGGCGGUAUAUACCAAUUUACCAAUAUACCAUUUUUUUAUUUAUUUAUUUAUUUUUUAUACGCCUUUGUAAAAAUCGAUACUCCCUCAGUAAACAUCAAUACCAAACCAGAAAAAGUCCCUAAACUUCCGUCGCCUAAAGUUCGGCAGAAGGCUGGUUACUGACCACGUGAUAUUCUGAAAACAAUAAAGCCUUGAUAUAGAAAUUGCCCCGCAUACUCGAUACAUGCAUUGGAGCCUCUGUGUCAUGCCUGAUAUCACAACAAAUUACUGAAGAAGAAGAAGACGAAGAAGAAGGAGGAGGAGGAGGAGGAAAUUCGAGUUUCCCGUCUAUCUUAAUCGGAAUGCAGGAUUCAACGGUGCAGAGAAAACGAAACUUAGUGAGCUGUUUUUUGUUUCUUGUUCUCUGUGUGUAGCCUAAAUACAGAAAUGGCAGAAGCCAGUUUUUCUCAGGAGCAGUUCAGCUGUCCAGUGUGUCUAGAUCUACUGAACGAUCCAGUGGCCAUUCCCUGUGGACACAGUUUCUGUAAGAGCUGUAUUACAUGCUGCUGGGAUCAGGAGGAUCAGAAGGAAGCUUACAGCUGCCCUGAAUGCAGACAGACCUUCACUUCAAGACCUGCUUUAAAUAAAAACACCCUGCUGGCUGAAGUGGUGGAGCAACUGAAGAAGACUAAACUCCAAGCUGCUGUUCCUGCUGGACCUGCUGGACAUAGAGAUGUGGAGUCUGACAUCUGUACUGGAAGAAAACACAAGAAAGAAAAGAAAACAUCAGGAAAAAAACAUCUGAUGAUUUUAAAAGAGCGACAGAGUAAGUUCCAGCAGAGAAUCCAGCAGAGAGAGAAAUAUCUUGAGGAGUUGAGAAAGGCUGUGGAGUCUCAUAAGCGCUCUGCAGAUACAGCAGUGGAGGACAGUGAGAGGAUCUUAAUUGAGCUGUUACACUCCAUUGAGAAUAUCUUCUCUAAGGUGACACAGCGGAUCAGAGAUCAGGAAAAGUCUGCAGUGAGUCGAGCUGAAGGAUUCAUGGAUCGACUAGAGCAGGAGAUUGAUGAUCUGAGGAGGAGAGACGCUGAGCUGGAGCAGCUUUCACACAAACAUAAUUUCCAUAAGAGAUUCCAGUCUCUCUCUAAACCUCAUGAAUCUACAGAUGUACCCAGCAUCACUAUCAGCUCUCUCCUCUCUUUUAAUGAUGUGGGAAAGUCUGUCUUUCAACUGAAAGAAAAACUGGAGGAUUUCUGUAGAGAGGAGAUAGACAAGAUAUCUGGCAGAGUAACAUACACUGAAAUUAUUCCCCCCAAUGAACCCAAGAUCAGGGAGGACUUCCUACAAUAUUCCAGUCAGUUCACUCUAAAUCCAAACACAGCGAAUAAACACCUCCAUCUGUCUGAGGGGAAUAGAGUGGUUACUUUCACUGCCAGUGUCCAGCAGUAUCCUGAUCAUCCAGACAGAUUUCAUUUUUAUCCUCAGGUGUUGUGCAGAGAGAGUGUGUGUGGACGCUGUUACUGGGAGCUUGAGUGGAGUGGGAGUGGAUUUGUGUGUAUAUCAGUGUCUUACAUGUACAUCAACAGGAAGACACAGAACGAUGAGUGUGUGUUUGGAUAUAAUGAUCAGUCCUGGAGUUUGAUCUGCUCUACCUCCAGAUGCUCAUUCAUUCACAAUGGCAGUAAUACUGAACUCCCUGUACCCUUCAGCGGCUGUAGAAUAGGAGUGUAUGUGGAUCACUGUGCAGGAAGUCUGUCCUUCUACAGCGUCUCUGACACAAUGACUCUCAUCCACAGAGUCCAGACCACAUUCACUCAGCCUCUCUAUCCUGGGUUUGGAGUCAUAAAUGGGUCAGCAGUAAAACUGUGUGAUCUAACACUAUAGAUUACAGAGAGCUGACUGUAGUGUUCACAGUCUCAAAUGUUACUUGCCACUGUGACAGUAGACCCAUGUCUACUUAUGCACCUGCGCUAAAUAUUCCUCCAUAUCCAAGUAUACAGUUCCCUUAUGCAUCUGUUUCCCAGUUUAUCUUUUGUUCAACAUCAAAUACUGCGUAAACCCCUUCUCUAGCCACUUAAACUAUCACUGUUGUUUUAAGACCAGAACACACCAAGCCGACGCCGACGAACUAGUGGCGACGAAAACAGACUGCGGGGUUUGCACACGUCGGCAGCGUCUGUGUCCAAAGUUAGCCUGACACACCAAACCAACGCUAAACAGCCGACGGCCAAGUAGCACUUCAGUUCUGUGCCUGCGUGAGAUGAAACGCCUUUCCGUACCAGCAGGUGGCAGUAGCUGAACAGCCAAUCAGAAUGAUCAGAUGGCCCAACGGACUGACGAGCUCCGACGGCGAUUCAACAAUUCGAAUCGGCCGAAAAAAAAGCCGACGAGGACCAACUUCAGCCGACGGUGCGGAACACACAGAGAAAACUUAGUUGGCCGACGAAGAAAAACUGCCCAACGGCCGACCGUUGGCUUGGUGUGUUCUGGCCUUUAGGUUUAUAGAGGACCCAAGUUUUUUAUACCUCACAAGAGAGGACGAAACCCAAUGCAUAAUGUUGAAAAUGGCUUUGUCUAAUUUGUUCGAUCCACAUGAGACUUGCCUUAGCUUAGCUCAUGUCCUUGCCAACCCCGAACCAAAUGAAACUGAGUUUUGAUUGAGCAACUUGCAGAUAUGUGCUGACUCAAGCCGCAAACUGUCUGAUGUGGUGAAGUGGUUUAUCCAGUUAUGAAUUAUCAUCUUUACUAAUUAAAAACCAGUUUGACUUUUUUCACAUGUCUACAGAAGUUCUUAUUGAGAAUUAACAGAGGUUUAGUUCUAGUUUUUGUUCAUUAUAUUGAAAAUGUUUAAAUGUCACCAUUAUGGUGAUUAGUGUUUCAUUUAGUUGGGCACUUAUAUCACUGUAUCUGUUUUUUCUUUUCUUUUCUUUUUUUUUUUUUUUUAAUAAUUCGAUUGUGUCAUUUGCAAUGCUUCAUGGGAUUGUUUCCCUCUUUAAAGCCAUUAAGUACACAGUCUUGUACCUUUGUCUUUUUGUCCAAUUUUCAAAGACUUUUUUUUGUGUGUGUGCUUAAAAAAUCAAAGUAUGUAAUGUUGUGAUUCACCUCGUAGCUGGUUUAUUUGGUUCAAGGCUUAAAACUCUUUAAAAAAAACUUUAAAGGCUUUUUAAAAAUUGCUAUGGGAAAAAUUAAUUCUAAAAAUAUUUCUGGAACCAAGACAGCUUAAAAAAGGGUACGGGCACUGUUGUACCCUAUUGUGAAUGUUACUUGGGUUUCCUGGUAGCCUUUGCAAGGGAAAUGUUAUUUUUGUAUAUUGAAUCAAUACUACUUCUAAUAUUUUAUCAAUGUUGUUGAUUUUGCACGAAAUACAGACAUUAUCUUACAUAACAUUUUAAGUGAAAUUGGUUUGGUUUCUAACUUAUUUUGAAUGAGUAAUCUGCUGUUUGUUUCUGAAUGGAGGAUGUAUAGGGAGGCAUAAAGACUGUAUUAUUCUUUUGUAUGUUUAAGUUUUUGAUUAUUAUAUACUGUUUGUUCUAAUUUAUUGUAAAAAAAGAAAAAAUUGCUCUCUGUCACCCUGUUCGAGUUUGUAUACUGUGAGCUGUGAUCACAAGUUUUGUUCUUGUGUGAAACCCUUUUUCUGAUAACUAUCUUGCUGACUAUUCUUGUUUCUGUCUGUGUGACUUUUAACACAUUGCUCAACUAACUAACUAAAGCAAUAUCCUGUUUUUGCAUUAGUACAUGUUCUGUCCGUCCGUAAUAAACUGAGAAUCAACUGAGCAGCAA